AGCAGGGACGAAAGUCCUGGGGCCUGACGCACCCCCCGCUUGCGAGUCAGCCGCGUAGUCGCCGGCUAAGAAUAGGACUACUAACCCCAAUUCAAGGUGGCAAGCGACCCGUGCUGAGGAAUGAGUGAUCGAGGGGGUGAAAAAGAUGCUCGAUCUUUAACGGAGCCUGUGGGGUACCUGGGCACCCCCCACAGUAAGCUGUCCCUUACCGCGUUAAUGCAGGGCUCUGGCGUGGUGGACAUUCUUUCCCGUGCGACUCGUGGGAUUAAUCAUGAAAUCAAACAAAUCAAGCAAUCAAAAUUCAGGUGGAAGUAGUGGUGGGAUCAACCCCUUCGCAAGAAGCGGGUUGAUGAGAUCUCCGACAAGGAGAAGUGAGGAGAUAGGCGCUGGGAGUUGCGUACGCAGCUCAAGCGUGGGUGCUCCAGUCCACUUCCCGGCAAGCCAGCCGGUGGAGGUUAUGGACGGAGCGUGGAUGUUGAGGGCCGUCAACCGAGGAUCCAAAGGACGGUCCGCAAUAGAGGUGGCUGAGCAGCAGCUUGGCAAAAUCAUCGACUUUGCGUCCACUAAGUCGAACAUAAGCAAGGACCUGAAAACGGCCUUGCUUCGACUUAGGGCGUCGAUCGACGAUGCCAAGCAGGAGCACGCGGCACUCGCGUUGCUGACUGCUGCAGCAGCGGAGCCUGCAAAUGAGAAAGUGCCGAAGUUUACCCAAACGGAGGCCUUCUCCUUCGCAGGAAGUCCAAAUAAGGCGGAAGCGACUGCUCGCGACAAACGGGGCAAGCAAUCGCAGAAGCGGGCGAGGCAACCGUCAGGCGAGGAGCUGUCUGGCGGUGCCCGCAAGGCCAGGCGAAUCAUUACCCCGAAAGUCGGUAAUAAUGCCGGAAGGUCGGACCCCAGCCAGGGUUCCCGGAAAGCUGGGAAGGGUGGGCCUGAAAAGGCUGGCCCGUCCCGGAACGAUGGGAACAAGGGGUUGCGACCGCUAGUGGGCCCUCAACAGCCACAGAGUAGGGCGAUCCAAGGGGAGGACCCCCCUUGGACGAAGGUAGAGCGGAAGAAGAAGAAGGCGAAUCCGCAGGUAGUAGCGCAGGACGCCAAGCCAAGGCGUAGGAGGGCAGGUGCCAAGCGCGAGAAAGGCGACGCUAUCGUCAUCAAGACGGAACAGUCCAAGUACUCGGACGUCUUGAAGAUGAUGCGAAGCGACGCCAAGCUUGAGGGUCUUGGAGCCGACGUACGCAGUAUUAGACGUACUCGUACGGGCGAGAUGAUCCUGGAGCUGAAGCGCCAGAAAGAGCACAAGGGCGCCGCCUAUAAGAGGCUGGCAGAAGAGGUCCUUGGUGAGGGUGUGCAGGUGAGGGCUUUGACACAUGAGGCGACUCUGAAGGUCAAGGACAUCGAUGAGAUCACCGAAGUGGAAGAGCUCGUCACGGCACUGCGGCAACAGUGCGAUGUGCAGGUGGCCGCCGCAGCCGUUAAGCUACGGAAAGGGCCAGCAGGGACACAGGUAGCUUUGGUUCAGCUACCUGUGGCGGACGUCAAAAAGUCCGUUAAAGUAGGGAGCAUAAAGGUGGGUUGGUGUGUAUGUCACCUGACAUUCCACGAGCCACCAGAGGUUUGCUUCAGGUGUCUGGAACCAGGACACAAGUCGUGGGACUGCAAAGGCCCCGACAGGCGCAAACUGUGCAGGCGAUGCGGCGCUGAAGGUCAUCCCGGGUAGACGAGAAUAUCUAAAUCAUAUCUCAAAUCGAACACUUUUUGCUGUCAUAGCUCGAUGUGAUAUUGAUAAGUUAUUCAAAAAUCUAAUGAAUAUCGCACGAAUAGCUCAAAGUGAUAUGAUGUCAGUUUUUGUUUUUGUCGAAAUAGCUGAAAAUUUCUACAUAAGAACAAGUUUAGCUCUUCUGCACGAAAUGGAACACAUACACCCAUAGAUAUGGCUCAAUGUUAGUGAAAUGCCAUGUGCCCCUUUCUGAGCUGUGAAAACGAAGAACCGCAUGCUCUUAUUUUUAUGUUAUUUACAACAGCGAGCCACAGUUGAGUGGUAAGCAUCGCGGCCUGUGAAUCCUAAGGUCGUAGGUUCGAUGCUGCAUGCUGACAUUUUUUUAAUUUUUUUUUCCAGGAAAAAGUGACAAAUCUUGUCUGCUAUUAUUUUGAUCUUGUAAUAUCUUAACGAGCUAUUAUUGAGUAGUUCACCAUAUUAGAUUUUGCUAUUAUUUCUGUUCUUUAACCUCUUA